AUGGCGAAUAGAAGCAAUUUUUACAAGAACCCUUCUUACGCUUACAACAGACAAUUUAAUCUCAACUCCGUCCUUCAAAAUCUAACCACUUACAAUAUCGCCACUGGAAAUCUUUCUACUGCUGCUGAGCCAGUCCCCGCCGACGAUAAAAGCGUACGACAUCGCAAGCGCCGACGGGAGCGGGAACCGCCGGCGGUCCAGAACGAUGAAAUUGGAGAAAGUAAAGGCCCUAUGUCGCACCAGGACUACAUUAAUAAGAGAAGGAAGGAGGUUAAUUCUGCUGCUCAGCCUUAUGAAGAACUAUCUGCAGAUGUAUUGGGAAGCUCAAGUUCAGUUUUGCAUUUAGUACAGUAUGAUAGCGAUUCCAGUUCUUCUAGUGAAGUUGGAGAAAAGCAAUAUCCUAAUGGUGAUUGUAUAGGGCUGCUACAAUCACUUCCAGACGACCAGAAUCCUUCUACAUCUGAUAGCACAACUGGAGUUGAUAGAGUUAAAAGUCGAAGUGAGCAGAGACUUCCUCUACCUGGUGAGCCUGUUUGCGUUGUUUGUGGGAAAUAUGGGGAGUAUAUAUGCAAUGAGACCGAUGACGACGUAUGCAGCAUGGACUGCAAAGCUGAGCUUCUACAAAAGUUUAAAUCCCAAGAGGUGGGUCCUGUAAGCAGCAGGCUUGUUUUCGAUUCCUUCUCUCAAGCAGGUGGCUCCUUGGAAGUGCCUGAAUCUGUUCAAGACACAUGGGACUAUGACCAUAAUUGCUGGUCCAAGAAGAGAUCUAGUCUCUGUACAUAUGAAUGCUGGAAAUGUCAGAGGCCUGGGCAUCUUGCUGAAGAUUGUUUGGUGAUAACAUCUCAAAGUCGGUUCCUUUCAUCUGGGGAGAAAUCCAUCAAGGAGGGAUCAGUUCAGAAGAUACCCAAUCCUAUACCCAGAGACCUUCUUCAAUUGUACAAAAGAUGUCAUAAUAUUGGCAAAACCUUUUUGACUGCAAAAUGUAGUGUUUGCCGUGGAUCAACAACUCUGGCUACAUGUCUAAACUGUAGUAAUGCAUUUUGUGACAGUGCAGGUCAUUUGGCAGACCACAUUAUGGCACACUCCUCUCAUCGACAGUUUUACUCCUAUAAACUUAAGCGUUUGGUCAAAUGCUGCAAAUCGACAUGCCAGGUGACUGACAUCAAGGAUCUCUUAGCUUGUCAUUAUUGCCUCAACAAAGCUUUUGACAAGUUCUAUGAUAUGUACACUGCCACAUGGAAAGCAGCAGGGCUUUCUAUUAUCUGGGGUUCUAUUUGCUGCGAGGAUCAUUUUGAAUGGCACAGAAUAAAUUGCUUGAGUGCAAACGUAGAAAACAGUGCCUAUAUUGUCAAACAUCAUGGCCAAGACCAGAUUCGGAAGCCUAUCCAGCUGAGUGACUUUAUCUUCUAAAGAGGUGUUAGAGUUGGAGAUGCAUAUGGCGACCAAAGGCAAAUAAAUAUGGGGUGGAUAUACGCUGGCACUUGCAAGCAGUGUAAAGAAGUGGGUAAUAUCUACAUCAAUUUCCAGAGGCCGCGGGGCAACAUCAGGAUGCAGUGCUGUUGAAUUUCUCGAUAUAUUCCAGCCGUUGUAUGUCUAUUGUGCCCAUCAAUUGGAAGGUGUGGAUAGAUCCAAGAAGUUAGAAGUUGCUGCAUACUGCCCAUCUCAUAUGUGCCGAAACUUCUCAGAAAAAAGAUGUUGAUAAUGCAUCGUAAAAAAAAAGCCUGUGAAGCCGUGACUUUUUCCUUAACAGUGUCCAUAUAGCAUUGUCGUUUAGUAAGCCUCGGUUCUAUGGGA